AUGACAGACCAAGACAACUCGUACAGACCGCGCUCGCCUGAUUUUUCGGGUUUCGCCGGCAGCGUGCCCCCGUUCCACGACUACGGCCAUCACUCCUCCUACGCCGCAGCCUUCGCGACUCCAAUCUCACCACAAGCCUCCUACGACGCUUCUCCUUUCUUCAGCCCACAACCUCACCACCAGCUGCAGACCCCAUACCAGCAGUACCCCCCACAGUAUCAGCUGCAACACCAGCACGAACACGAGCACCAGCACCAGCACCAGCACCAGCACCCCCACCAUCAACCACAUCCACACUCACACCAGCAGCCGUACAUACCCCAACUCUACUCCCCGACGGACGAUAUGGCUCCCACUACCCGGUCUAGGGCCCAGGCCAUGCAGCAGCCGCAGCACAUGCUCGAACAGCAGCAGCAGCAGCAGCAGCAACAACAACAGUACCAUCACGCUCAGAGCCUCCAGCACCAACAGCACCAGCUUCAGCAGCUCCAGCAGCAACCGCUCCAGCCACUGCCACCGCCUCCACCGCCACCACAGCAACUGAACGCGGUAGAGCAGCCGCCUAUGGAACCACCCGAGCCAGAGCAGCCGAAGGAGAAGAGCUUAGGCCCCUCUUGCGGUAUAGAAGUCAAGACCAAGUUCCCCGUUGCUCGGAUAAAGCGUAUCAUGCAGGCAGACGAGGAUGUCGGCAAGGUCGCCCAGGUCACUCCCAUCGCCGUCUCCAAAGCAUUGGAACUGUUCAUGAUAUCCCUAGUCACAAAGGGCGCACAGGUGGCUAGAGACCGUUCAUCCAAGCGUAUCACUGCCAACCACCUCAAGGAAGCCAUUGGCAAGGACGAAGUUCUUGACUUCCUCGCAGACAUCAUCUCCAAGGUCCCUGACGCCCCCGUGGGCAAGAAACACGACGAGGACGGCAGUGACGGGAACGACAAGCCCAAGAAAAAGGGCAGCCGGCGGAAGAGAGAAGACAUGGAUGACGACUAG